UUGCAGUGUUGUCAUGACCUCCAUCGUUCAUCUUCGACUUUUCGUUGCCUUGCAGUCAUAGACCGCGCAAUUUCAAGCACAAGCACUGGGAGUGACACUGCGAAGGCUGCAAAUGACUCUGUACAAUCUGAAGUGGCUGAGGAUGAAAGAGCAAAUUUGUUCCGUGAUCUCGACAACUUUCUUUGCGCUGAUCGUUAUGUGUCAGACAAGAUGACCAUGGCACGCAGUCCGGGAAGAUCUGAGCAGAUGUUUACGAUCGGCUCGAAAAAAGAGCAGCACCGUUAUGGAGAUGUGUUGUGGCUUAUAUUGCGAGCCUACUUCAGCGGAAGAGAUGUUUCUGGAGAGGAUGCGGUUUUCGAUAUGGAUGCCUUGGUUUGUUCGAAGCGUGAGCAACGAACUCACAUUCUUGACGAGAUUAUGAAUUAUGAAGCCAUUCCGUUAGCAGAGGGAUAUGAUCGCCUAGAAGUCAAUUAUAUGACUCACCUACAUAACACUAGAAAGGACGUGCGAGAGCUGCUGGAUAAUUUUAGCAGAUACCAAGUUCUUUUUCCUCAUUCAAAGGCCAUGGUACAAGAUUGUACUACCCGCAAAGGUGCUGACUUUACAAAACAGCUAAUCGACAAGGUGACGCUGCUCAUUACUUGGUUGAAUACAGUAGAGGAUUUGGCAGCGAAAAUUACUCAGGUAGACAUACUCUCUUCUCUUCUGAAUUGGGUUAUGUCGAUUUAUUCAGCUUGGAACUCUUUUCGAAGUUAG